AUGAAGAUUGCAUCUUUUUUUGGGUCAUUGGCGAUUUUACAGUGGGUAAAUGGACAAGUUGUACCUGUCAAGGACCAUGUCACAAGAAAAUACUUUGCUGUUGAAUCAUAUACAAACGUUGAAGGGCUUUUACGGCUGCAUAAUGACUGGCGGUUUGAACAUGAGGUACGCGGGCUAAACAACCACUAUGUAUUUUCCAAAGAAUUGGACGAACUACAGAAAAGAUCUCAUGUGCUGGAUACAGAAGAUAGGUCAAUAUUGUCAUUUCAUGAGUUGCCUCCAAAGAAGCUUCACAAGAGGCUACCUAUUUUUCAUGUUAAUAAUGCGGUUGACUCUAGUCAAUUAAUAAGGGAAGAAGUUAAAGAGAGGCUUAAGAUUGAGGAUCCUAUAUUUGAUGAUCAAUGGCAUUUAGUUAAUACAAAUUUUCCGGGAAACGAUUUGAAUAUUACUGAAUUAUGGUAUAAUAAUAUUACUGGACAUGGGGUUGUAGCAGCUAUUGUAGAUGAUGGUUUAGAUUACGAAAGUGAAGAUUUGAAGGACAACUUUUGUGCUGAAGGUUCAUGGGACUUUAAUGCAAAUACUGCACUACCGAAACCAAUACUAGGUGAUGAUAAUCAUGGUACUCGUUGUGCUGGUGAAAUUGCAGCUGCGAAGAACAAGGUUUGUGGUGUAGGGGUAGCUUAUAAUGCUAAAGUUUCUGGCAUAAGAAUUUUGUCUGCAGAUAUCACUUCAGAAGACGAAGCAGCUUCCCUAGUAUAUGGCUUAAAUGUCAAUGAUAUCUAUUCUUGUUCUUGGGGGCCUGAAGAUAAUGGUAAAGAAAUGAUGGAGCCAGAUGAUUUAGUCAAGAAGGCAUUUGUAAAAGGUAUUGUUGAGGGCCGUAAUGGCAAGGGCGCAUUAUAUGUCUUUGCAAGUGGGAAUGGUGGUGGUCAUGGUGAUAACUGCAAUUAUGAUGGUUAUACAAACUCAAUUUUUUCCAUAACUGUAAGCGCUAUUGAUCAUAAAGGUUUCCAUCCACCAUAUGCAGAAGUUUGUUCUGCAGUUUUAGUUGUCACUUACUCUUCUGGAUCUGGAGAUUAUAUUCACUCCACUGAUAUUCAUGGUUCUUGCAGCCACAGACAUUCGGGGACUUCUGCUGCUGCUCCAUUGGCAGCUGGUGUUUAUGCGUUAGUUCUCCAAGUAAAUGAUAAGUUGACCUGGCGGGAUGUUCAGUAUUUGACAAUUUUAUAUUCAACCGAAAUAAAUAGUCAUGAUGAUUGGCAAGAUGGCGCAUUAGGUAAAAGAUAUUCUCAUGUAUAUGGUUAUGGAAAAUUGGAUGCAUACAACAUUGUAGAAGCUGCCAAAACAUGGGAAAAUGUUAAUCCGCAAACUUGGUUUUACUCCAAAACCAAAGUUGUAGACAAGUCUACAACAGCCCAGAAAGAUACGCUAGAGUCUACAAUAAUUGUAACUCAUGAUGAUUUAGAUAAGGCGAACUUCAAACGUGUUGAGCAUGUUACAGUUACCGUUGAUAUCGAUACAACCAUUCGUGGAUUGACAACAGUAGAUUUGAUAUCUCCAGAUGGUAGAAUUUCCCACCUAGGUGUAGAGAGAAACUUAGAUCUAUCCAGUGAAGGGUUCCAAAAAUGGACAUUUAUGUCUGUAGCUCAUUGGGGAGAAUCGGGUAUAGGAGAAUGGAAGCUUGAGGUUAAAGCUACUUCAAAUAAGAAUACUGUAAACUUCUGUACAUGGAGGUUGAAAUUAUUUGGCGAAUCCAUUGAUGCUUCAAAAACAACAGCAUUCCAAUUUGGCAAUGAUAUUGAAGAUGAAGAGGAAGAUAAUGCUGAUCAAUCAAGCCAGUUGACAGAGCCUGUUCCCACUUCUUAUUCGCAGGUACCUGCGUCAACUACACCAAACGUGAUGACAACAACAGAAGCAUCACAAAAUGGUUACAUUCCAGGAGUGAAUAAAAUCUCCACACAUGAAGUAAGACAUUAUUAUCUUACUAUAUUUGGUACAGGUGCAGUAUUUUUACUAUUAUAUUUUAUCUUCUUUUCAAAAUCAAGGCGCAUUAGGAGAUCAAGAGCAGAGGCCUUCGAAUUCGACAUUAUAGAUACUGAUUCUGAUUAUGACUCGACAAUGGACCAGGGCUAUGACCCAACUGCAAGAAUCUUGAAUGAUGAAGACAUUGAAGAAUUUGAUUUCGAUCUCUCGGAUGAAGAAAACGUAAGAAGUAACAGUGCUUCUCCCUUGAAAGGUGGAGCGCAUAAUUCAAAAAAUACCUACCAGAACUUAAGCACUAUUAUAGAAGAUGUAUCAGAAUCGUCAGCAGCAGCUGAUAAUCUGCCAGCAGGUUCAAAACCGACAUAA